UGUCCGGAAAUGAGCGUUACAUACUGGAAGCAUUCAAUUUUCAUCUCUGCUCGAGGCUAAUAUUCUUAGUCUCGUUGUGAAUAUUUUAUAAUAUAUCAGUAAAAAUGCGACGUCUCGGCUCGGUCCAGCAGAAAGUGUCGUGUGUUUUUAUGACUGAAGUGAAGGAAGAACCGUCUCGAAAACGUGACUGUCAACCAUUUCAUGUUGUCGCCACUGCAAUUGUCAACCCUGCAGUGUUGGAAGCUGACAUCAACUGUGCUCUCGCCACAGAGAAGCUGGAUGGCACUUGCUGUUAUGUUACACUCUACAAAGGGAAACCUCACCUGUGGGCUCGACUGGACAGGAAACCCAACAAGCAGGCAGAGAAGAGGUUCAAGAAAUAUCAGUAUUCUCAAAGGAGCUCCAAAGGUUUCACAUGGAACGUACAAGAAGACUUUAAGAUGGUACCAGACAUGUGGAUCCCGGCUCACAUGGUGAAACAUCACAAUGGACAUCCCAUUCCUGAUGAACAUGGUCACAUUCCAGGCUGGGUUCCAGUGGAGGAUGACAACAAGCAGUACUGCUGGCACUCCUCUGUGGUGGACUACAGCGUGGGGUCUGCUCUGGUCCUCAGACCCGUCGUCAACAAUGAAGACACUUUGGAAAUCGCUGCGGUCCCACUGGCCGACCUGCUGGAACAAACUCUCGAGCUGAUUGGAACCAACGUCAACGGAAACCCUUAUGGGUUGGGGUCUAAGAAGCAGCCCAUCCACUUCCUGGUAUCCCAUGGGAGCCUUUGCAUCAGAAAUCCUCCUCCAGUGGACUUCCAGCAGCUUUACUCGUGGUUUCGGGGCGGCUCAGAGGGCCUGAUUGAGGGCAUCGUGUGGCACUGCCCUGACGGCUCGCUCUUCAAGGUUCACCGCCAUCACAUGGGACUGGAGUGGCCAGCAGAGGGCACUCACCUUAGUGACAAGCCAGUGGUGGUUCGUGUUGCCUGGGCGACGGUGGAUGACAACAGCAAGAGUCUGUUUGCGUCAUUGUCUCGCCUGAACGGACAUUGUUUCAGCCGCUUGCAGGACGUCCAUUUUGACCUGUGAAUCCACUAGUCCAAAAUAUUCACAGGCAGACAAGCCGCACGCACACCCUUGGCCAAGUUCACUUUAGCCUCCUGUUAGCCUAGCUUGCAUGUUUUGGGCCGUGGAAGGAUGCUGGAGUGCUUGCCCGAAACAGAAAGACCUGACCUAAAUAAGCAGCAUAAGUUACAAAAAUCAAGCAUAGGUUGUAAACAAGCUUUCACAACAAAACAUGGUUACCACAUGGAACUAAAUAUUUAUUUUAGUCAUUUUAUUUUAUUUUGUAAAGUAUUACAGGGGCUGACAGGGACAAAGUGCUGCAAAUUAAAAACGCUGCAAUCACAAAUGCUGCAAGAUUUUUAAAAAGUGCUGCGUUUUUUCCCUUUCGGCCACCGUACAUUAGUCAUACUUUAUUUAGCUUUAUGAUUUACGAGUUUAAAAUACACUUAGAAAUUCCAUUAAAGCCAAACUGUUUACAAAAGGGGAAAAAAAUGAAAAUGCCCCUUUUAUUUCAAGUCUGGACCAAAUUUAAGGUUAAACUGUCCUUAGUGAAAGUAAUACUUUAGCUUACAAUUUGAGUCUUAAACCUGCAUAACCUUGAUUUUCAUUUGCAGUAAAGCGAAAUGUUUACACUUCAGAUUGUUCCACUGUAUGGAUGAUGGCUACCAUGACGAGUUGUAAAAUAAACUGUAUUUUCAGGGUUCUUCCGCAAGUAUGGAAAAGUGUGGAAUAUGAUUUAUAAAUUUGCAAAUCUGUUGAGCACGUAAGGGCAUUUAGAUGAACAAUACUAUCUGCUCUAAUGACUGGACAGGACAACAAAUGAAUAAAAAUAUUUGCAGUUCUGGAAAAGGCUAAAAAACUCAAGUAUGGCAAAAAUAUUCAUGUUUCCAAGGGUGUUACCACUGUUCUGUUUUCUAAAAGGUAAAAUCGAUGUAUUUUUUGUAAGGUGCUUGCUAGGGCAGCUAAGAUGUUUGUGUGAGAGCGCACAGUGAACAACACAUCCCAGAAAACGUUUGGGAAGAUGGACAAAUUUAAUGUAAUGGGGUAGGCCCUAGAACAGGGGUCACCAACGUGGUGCCCGUGGGCACCAGGUAGCCCCCCACGACCACAUGAGGUGCCCGCAAGCCUGCUUUUCAUUCAGGUUUUCAGUUAAUAAUGAAAGAACAGUAGAAAGAAAUGCAUUCUGAAAUACAAAAUGUGAGUUGUGGACACCAGCAUUUUGUUAAUGUUCUGGUAAAACAAGCAUAUUCGCUUUGUUUGGGUUUAAAAUAAGCUCUGAAAAUAAAUGUUACAAAAAUGAGUAGCUCUUGGCCAUUUUUAUUUUGUAAAGUAGCUCUCAGAAGGAAAAACGUUGGUGACCCCUGCCCUAGAAGGACCAAAUCAACCAUGAACCAACAACAAACGGUGAGUGGUUUGGUCCACAACAUAUCAGAAAAGGCAAAGCUGAUGUGAGUGAAUAUCUCGUUUUGCCUGAAACACUAUAAUAGGUCUGCUUUCAUGGGUGACUCAGGAAAUAAAAAAAAUCACUUUUGAGAGCCAGAUAUCAGGGGGUAUUUACAUUUUUAAAUAAAAAACUUUUGUUAAUGUUUGGUAAAACAAGCAUAUUCACUUUGUUUGGGUUUAAAAUAAGCUCUGAAAAUAAAUGUUACAAAAAUGAGUAGCUCUUGGCCAUUUUCAUUUUGUAAAGUAGCUCUCACAAGGAAAAACGUUGGUGACCCCUGCCCUAGAAGGACCAAAUCAACCAUGAACCAACAACAAACGGUGAGUGGUUUGGUCCACAACAUAUCAGAAAAGGCAAAGCUGAUGUGAGUGAAUAUCUCGUUUUGCCUGAAACACUAUAAUAGGUCUGCUUUCAUGGGUGACUCAGGAAAUAAAAAAAAUCACUUUUGAGAGCCAGAUAUCAGGGGGUAUUUACAUUUUUAAAUAAAAAACACCAAAGUUAAACACCAUAGUAGUUGCUGGUUAAUUGGGUAAUCGGUUACUCAUCGAUUAAUUGUUGCAGCUCUAAUGAACCCUGUAUGUUGCAGUCAUCAAAAAUACAGUACAUACUGUAACUUGGGCAACAACUUCUUUGUGUAAUUCCUUUGCCAAACCAGACAUUACAUAGUCAAUAGUCAUCUCUGGUGUGCCAUUUUUCUCUGGGUAACAUCUGGAAUACAUAAGACCUACAAGCUCUUGCCUGAACAUAUUUCAAGAUAACUUUAUCUUUGUACAUGCUUUACGUCCAAGUAAUUUAAUGGAGACAAAUGUCCUCAAGCCACAGACACAUUCCUACACUAUUUGCCGUUUUUUUCUAUUGUAGAACUUGUGUAACCCGCCUCUUGUCUGUCAACGAGGAACAAGUCCUUCGGUCUGCACUGGAGGAGCAGAAAAGAAGAUGGAUGGCUGACUGAUUGCGUUAGCACAUGAGGAGGUCAUGAUGUCAGGCUGAGGUACCGUAAACUUGAAAUCGGUGAUGCUUGUUGUUCAAGCUGAGCAAUAUACACAUGAAAUUGUGCC